UUACUCCUCAUAUGACUCAAGCAUACUACACUGGGAUUGCAGCUAAUUGCGCGGGAGUCUUUAACGUAUAUGUAACGGAUUGUAAUGGGAAAGUGAUACGUAAUAAGGGACGGGUUAAUUGCGCCAGUCAACACAUACUUGAUUGGUAUGAUGCCCCAAGUGUGUAUUGUGUUCAUCUAAACCCACAACUACAUCCUAAAGACAAUCGAUAUAAAUACGUUCAAAAUGCAGAUUCAUGUUUUGAGUUGCGUGGUAACGAGAUUAGUUGGUCAUUUCAUGAUAAGGAAUUGAUUGAUUGCCAGCAUUAG